CAGUCUCGCAGCGGCACUCGCGAGCGACGGUUCGCCUUUUUUCAUCACGAUCACACGACUCCAACGGAAAAAAAAGCUCUGCAACAAUAUUAUACCAAAUAAUAAUAUAAACAGUCUGAAAUCUCUGUCUCCAUCACGACACAGAACUCGACGUGCGCUCAGCAGGAGAGACAACAUUACGACACAGUGUUAAUUCGCGUUCUUAUUCAAAUUCAACCCUCAAACUUCACGUCCGAUUCGGAUCCUACGUUCGCACUCGCUCUUCUUGCGUGCAGAAAUAGACCAAACGGCAAAAGCUACGUCAAAGUAAAGAGAACUGUGAAGAGUGUGUAAUCCUCAUUGUAUUGGACAAACCUGUUCGUUUUUUUACUUUUAUAAUCAACCGUCCGUGUCUUCUCCUCCUCGUGCUCUCUCCCUUUCUGUCUCACUUUCUCCCCAUCUCUCUUUCUUUCUCUCUCUCUCUCUCUCUCUCUCUCUCUCUCUCUCUCUCUCUCUCUCUCUUUCUAACACUCAGACAACACAAACUCACUCACGAUUUUGAUUUAGAUCAUCGCAAGUUCCUGAUCAGUGAGCCGUGCGACAUACGCAUAUAUAGAAACGCGCGCGCGCGACGUACACAGUGAGAAAAUUAACAUCGACAAACUGAAAAGAAAUAGUGCAAACCGAAGGUGUCGCAUUCGGAUGAGAAACGGAGAAGACCUAGACACGUCCUUGCGCCGUCAUUGCGCAGCAGAACGUGAGAACCACUGAAGAAGAGCGCGAGAGACUGCAAAAGUGUGUUAGUGCCCCGGCGAUUUGAGCAGCUCGACGGCAAAGCAAAAGACACUUGGUGAGUAUCGAGUUCAUCCGUUGUCCCGUUUUUGCCAAAAUACAUCUAACGUUGACGAUUCGGGCGACCUCGUACACAACUAACUGCAAACAGCGCAAGAACGAGAACGCAGUUGAGUCGUCGUCUCAGGUGGCACACGCACGCACGCACGCACGCACGCACGCACACAGACACGGCAUAGGUAAGACUGAGUGUGGACGGAUCUAGAGAAGGAGUAACGAAAGCCAACACAACGGCCGUGAGCGUAGCGAUCGUGGCAUCAAGCACCGAAGCCGCUCGCCAAACGUAGCCGUCAAGUCAGUCAGUCAGUCGCUGACGAGACCGACGCCGAGAGAGCAGAACGAAUCCCGUCACGAAAAUUUACCUCAGCAAAGCCAAGAUGCACAUAGAAGUGCAGGUGGCGCUGAACUUCGUCAUAUCCUAUCUGUACAACAAGCUGCCGAGGCGGCGAGUCAACAUAUUCGGCGAGGAGCUGGAGAAGGCCCUCAAGGACAAGUUCAAGGGCCACUGGUAUCCGGAGAAGCCCUCCAAAGGCACGGCCUUCCGAUGUAUCAAGACCGGGGACCCGAUCGACCCGGUCUUCGAACGCGCCGCCAAGGAGAGCGGAGUGCCCAUCCAGGACAUCCUGGAGAACCUGCCUAGCGAGCUGGCCGUCUGGAUCGACCCCUACGAAGUCAGUUAUCGCAUCGGCGAGAACAGCCAAGUGAAGAUACUCUACAAGGAGAUGGGCGACCCCCAAGACGAGUCGUCGGCCGACCGCGAGGUCACCAAGACCUUCAACCCCGAGGCUCAGUGCUUCAGGCCGAUAGACGUCGUGAGCAGCUCGCUCAGCGGACUGUCGCUCAGCCCCAAGUCGACCUCGCCGUUCCCGAGCUCGCUGACCAGCAGCGCCAGCAACGAGUCGGCCAGCUGCAGCCUGCAGAACAACGGCCACGGCUCCGGCUCGUCCUCGGCGCCGUCGCCGACUCCGCUGGCCAACUCGUUCAAGGGCUCGCCGAGCCCCGUGCCGGCCUUCAUCCCGAGGUCGACCGCGCCGCUCACCUUCACCACCGCCACCUUCGCCCAGACCAAGUUCGGCAGCACCAAGCUCAAGACCAGCAGCAAGCGGGCCAACAGGAUGUCGCCCACCGAGUUCUCCAACUACAUCAAGCAGCGCGCGAUGCAGCAGCAGAUCCACCACCACCACCACCAGCAGCCGCAGCCGCAGCACCAGCAGGCGGUGGCGCAGCCGGGCGCCCAGACGCCGGGCGGCCUGCCGGUCUGCCAGAGCUCGCCCAACAGCCGCAGCCUGUCGCCGGGCCUGGUCAACGGCCACAGCCAGCACGCCGACCCGAGCGCCUACUUCUUCCACCAGCCGCCGCCCGCGGCCUACUUCCCCGCCCACCGCAACAUCUUCGACUCGGCGAGCACGGCCGCGCACAGUGGCUACCUGGCCGCCGCCGCCGCCGACCUCUACACCAAGUUCCCCUCCAGCUACAUCGAGCCCGUGGGCCACCAGUUCUACGGAGGCGCCGGCGGCAGCGCGGCCGGCGGCGCGGCCGCGCCCAACUCGGCCCAGAGCGGCGCCGCGCUCGGGCCCAUCGGGUCCGCGGCUCCCGGGGCCGCCGCGGCGAGCGGCCCCAGCAGCUCGUCGAGCCAGCAGCAGGACAAGGCCGCCGUGGGCGACGCCCUCAACAACUACGGCCUGGGCUACCCGGCCAGCAACUACCAGCACCUGCUGGUCGCCAACUAAUACGCCGGCGCCACCAGCCCGGCCGCAGCCUCGCUGCUGGCUCCCGAGGCGGCCUUCGUGCCCUCCUAACCGGCGCCGCUCGUCGCCCGCCACCGCCGCCGCCGCCGCCGCCGCCACCGCCACCGCCACCGUCGUCGCCG